AUGUCGGCCCGAGGUGUGCGCGUGUUCGGUCUCGCGUCUUGUCGCUCGCCGCCAUGCCGUCUCAAAGCACCGGCGGAAGAUAUUGAGGUAGCUAUCGUGCUCAACCUUUUCAUCGUAUACUAUGCUAUAUGCGUGCUACGUGCGAUCUUUUUCCAAGGCGCACCCAGUCUUGCACGCGUCUCGUUCGCGUUGGCCGACCGCCCACUUGGCCGGGUUGGUGCAAACGGCGUGCAUGCUGUGCUCGGGGUGUGCGGCGUGGGACUAACGCGUCGGUAUCGCGAGCAGCCGACUGGACCGACUUGCGCUUGGGACAGGUCGUGCAAGUACAAUCAUUGGCCAUUAUCUUGA